AUGAUGGCAAGAAUUAAUUUAAGAGCAGCAGCAAACAAUGAUUGUAUUAUAACUGAUGAUGGUGACGAGGACCCAUAUAAUUUAGAUCUUCAUAUUGUAUCGGUUUUUGUUCUAUUAAUUGUAUCUUUAUUGGGCACUGUUUUUUCAAUUAUUACGACGCGCAUUGAACGCUUACGUAUCAAUCCGAUUAUAAUCGAGACAGGAAAAUUUUUCGGUAGUGGAGUCGUAUUAGCAACAGGUUUCAUUCAUAUGUUACCACCUGCAAUGGAAGCCUUAACACAUCCUUGUUUGCCAGAUUCAUGGAAUGUCUAUAGUGCUUAUGCUGGUCUCUUUGCUAUGUUAGCUGCACUUGUAAUGCAAUUUAUUGAGUUCUCUGCUCAUCAACGAUAUCAAUCCAGAGUUCAACCAAUAUUCAAUAAUAAAAAUGGUGAAUCUAAAAACCAAGAAAACAUUGAAAUGGACUGUUCAGUAAGUCGGAAUGGGACUAUAUCUGCACAAUGCGAUAAUACAAUUAAUCAUCAUCACCAUCACCACCAUGGCGCUGCUUUUCAUGAUGAUAAUCAAUCCAACAAAAUAAGUACAUAUCUACUUGAAUUUGGUAUAGCUCUUCAUUCAAUUCUCAUCGGUGUAACGUUGGGCGCCACUAGUGAAUCUUUUGUUGCUCUAUUUAUUGCACUUGGUUUUCAUCAAUUUUUUGAAGCAAUUGCAUUGGGUGCACAAAUUGCUCGUCUAGAUCGUAUUUCAUUACAGUCCAUUAUUCUUAUGGUUGUAGUUUUUGUAUUAACAACUCCAGUUGGAAUUGCUAUCGGCAUUGGCAUACAUUUUACAGCAUAUAAUCCCGAUUCAGUAGCCGCAUUGCUUAUCAAUGGUAUUCUAGAUUCAGUCUCUGCCGGUAUUCUUAUAUAUGUAGCUCUUGUUAAUUUAAUCACAGUUGAAAUGGGACCCGGAGCUCGUUCUUUUCAUUCAUUAACCAAACGAUUAAAACUAUUAUAUUUUGUUUCAUUAUAUGCCGGUGUCGCAGCCAUGGCAGUUGUAGGAAGAUGGGCUUAA